AGACGGAGGGAAGGAAGGGAUGGAAGGAAAAGAGGGAAGGAAAGAAGGAAGGGAGGAAAGGAGGGAAGAAAGAGAGAAGAGGAAAGAAAGAGAGAAGGAAGGAAAGAAAGAGAGAAGGAGGGAAGGAAGGAAGGAGGAAAGAAGGAAGGAAGGAAAGGAGGGAAGGAAGGGAAGGAGGGAAGGGAGGAAGGAAAGGAGGAAAGAAAGAGAGAAGGAAGGAAAGAAAGAGAGAAGGAGGGAAGGAAGGGAAGGAAAGAAGGGGAGGAGGGAAGGAAGGAAGGGAAGGAAAGAAGGGAAGGAGGGAUGGAAAGAAGGAAGAAGGAAGGAAAGGAGGAAGGAAAGAAGAAGGAAGGAAGGAGGGAAGAAAGAGAGAAGGAGGGAAGGUAGGGAAGGAGGGAGGAAAGAAGGAAGGAAAGAAGGAACAGGAAGGAGGAAAGAAAGAGAGAAGGAAGGAAAGAAAGAGAGAAGGAGGGAAGGAAGGAGGAAAGAAGGAAGGAGGAAAGGAGGGAAGGAAGGGAAGGAGGGAAGGGAGGAAGGAAAGGAAAGGAGGAAAGAAAGAGAGAAGGAAGGAAAGAAAGAGAGAAGGAGGGAAGGAAGGGAAGGAAAGAAGGGAAGGAAGGGAAGGAGUGAAGGAAAGAAGGAAAGAAGGAAGGAAAGGAGGAAAGAAAGAGAGAAGGAGGGAAGGAAGGGAAGGAAGGGAAGGAGGGAAGGAAAGAAGGAAGAAGGAAGGAAAGGAGGGAGGAAAGGAGGGAGGAAAGAAGAAGGAAGGAAGGAGGAAAG